UAAAAUUGUACCGUUGUAAAGUAAAUAUUUAUCGUAAAGUUAAUAGAAUAGUACAUGGCAUAAAACCUUAUCAUAACAUAAGAAUUAUUAGGCAAGUCGAGAUGGGGAGUCUAAAGGACGACAAUCAUAAACUGGGGUGUAGUAUUGGACACUGUCUCGAAGUUUUCUUGUUUUCGAAUGGGCAACGAGACUCCCCACCUAGAAAAUAUAAUGUGCGUGUCGAUGACCAAUGUGAUACUACGUUGAGCUUCUUGGCGCGUUCACAGAACGGAUCAGAUCAUAAUAUAGAACUCUACACUACAGAUGGUAAAAAAAUAAGAAGAGCUCAAGAUUUAAGCAACGGAGCGGCCUAUGUAGCAGUGGAGCCUCCGCAGGCGUUCAUUCCUUCCGGCUACAACGACUACCUUAUGAAGGCAUCUAGAUCAAGAGAAAAGCGUCAGGAGAAACUACCUGAGAAAGGCUCAAUAAAGCCAGAUAAAACUAAUUCUAAACAUGAAACGGAAGAACAAAUGAAAGAUGGCACAAAUAUAAAGAUAAUUCAAGAUAUAACAAUAAGGCCCACCAGCAAGACAGCUGUUAAAGAAGAAGACGGCACUGCAGAAAGAAACAAAUCAGAGUCUGCGAAAAUAGCUAAACCAAUAGGACGAAUAAAUAAUAAGCAAGCUCAAAAAAAAAGUAGUUCACUUCCUCAGCCAAACACUAAUAUUUUAAGAAAGAAUACAAAUAAUGUUACAACACCCAUUAAAAGAAAAAUUAAUACUUCCAAAAUAGACGCAAUGAACAAAAAAGUAGAAUCAUCUUCCUUGCAAAGUACGAAAACUAACCCAAUUACAAAAAUAAUUGAAAGUAAGUCGAAAGAAGACAUAGCCGGCGUCAUCGCAAUAAUUAAAAAUAAUCGAGAAAAUACUGAUUCAGCCGAAGCAUAUGAUUUAUUGAAAAAUAUUGAUACAACUGGAGGGCCUUAUAACAUGUCAACAGAUUAUAAAACUACACAACUAUUAACGGUUGAUUCUAUGCUUAUAGAGAAAAAUUCUAUGCUUAAAUCCGAGUAUACAAUGCCAGUUAAGAUUCAUUCUAAAGUAAAUUUGUUAUCAAACAGUGUUCCUGAUCAAAAUGUAAAACUUGUCCCCCAAUUACUUAGCGAUCCACCCUUGCGUGAGAGUCCGUUGACUGAUUAUUCUAAGGAAACCGAUAGAACUCAGAUCAAAACGGCUGAACUAACCGAAGUGCCGAAAGGCUCUCAAAAAAAUACUUUAAUUUUCGGUAGUCAAACCGGCGACAAUAACUUCACCAUAUACGUAAAACAGAGUGAUGUAACAAAUUUAAAGCUUAACAUAGAACUCAAAAAUGUAUCCAGCUCUAUGCUUGAAGAAAAACAUUAUUAUGUAAAAUCAACGACAUCGGUCGUAAAUACUCCCGAGUCCGACUUCCAGGAAUCCUCUAAGACCCGAACUGAAGCCAAGAGUUAUCGCGAAGCACCAACUCUCACCGAGCCAUGGCAUCCACAACUCUCCUAUGAGCAAUUACAACUAAAAGCCAACGACCAAGAAGGAGAUUGUCGAUGUAAUUGCUGCUCGUGUUCCAGAACAGAAGGUGCAGCACCAAUUUAUGUUGACAAUAACAACUACUUUAUAUUGUUGCCCCCAGAAGAUAUUAACAAGCCAUUAUUAAGCUGCGCUUGCAAUGUGGAAACUAACCAGGACCCCAAACGUGAGAUGCCCGAUUACCACGAGUUACCAAGAAUGAAAAACCAUAUUAUUGGUAAACUAGUCAGGCAUAACAGUUCACCAACGGACGCAAGCAACUUAAAUAAACGCUUAGAUACAAGUAAAAGUGUAGUGAUGGGUGAUCAUACGGAUCAAUGUCAGUGCUGUGACUGUGACCAAAGUUUGGAUCUCGAGUUCCCUGUCUAUGACCAAGAACGAGUCACGUGUGGUGGCUGUGUUACCAGGGAACACGCGCUCGUCAAUAAGAGUACCACACAGCUCAAAGAAGCCUUCACACAAACUGAUUGGAGUGGUAUAGUGCUGGAAGUCCGACCUCGGGAAAACGGGAGCUACGAAUUCCACAUACCAUCGCUAAAAGUUCUCAAAAUGGCUGACUCUUUAUAUUUAUGAAGACUUGUAACCAC